CAUUUCCGUAAAGUUGUCAGAGCAAUCUAAUAUUACAAUUUUAAAAUUGUUUAAGGUACACAUAUCCAAGUUCCAAGUCAAAGACAUAAGAUUCAAGCAUCUACAAGAUGUAUCAUCAAGACGGAAAUUUUGUGACAGAUUGGAAAAACUGCUUCCCCAGCUGUGUUCCUUGAGUGAAAGUUUAAAUUCAGAUACUACAGCCGACCAAUUAUCUUUGAGUGUUGCAUCAAAACAGAGAUGUUUUCAAGAAGAAGUGCAGAUGAUGCGCAACCUCCAUCCUGAUAAUAAUGACCCUGACAAGUUGGGUGAAUUCUUAGAUUCAUCAAACAGAGUGUGGCGCCAAGCAUGUGUGACUUUAUUUGGAUGUAUUGACAGGGCAACAUUUGGUGGAAGAUACAGAGAACAAAUAUACUGUGCCUGUUUACCAGGUUGUUGCUAUGAGGAGCUCAUCAACAUCUUUCAGAAUUUCAGAGAUGGCUUGAUACUUUCCACCAAACAGUACAAAGAGAUACCAGCUGGUCUAUUCAGGUUCUUUGUUGGUUGCAGAGAUGAACCAAGAGUCCAUCGUCUCCUUGGAAGACUUUCGACAGGUGUAAUUACUAUGGAGCAAUUUAGAUUUGCUUCAAAGGAAUUUAAGGAAAAUCAACAGAAGGAUGAAGAUUUAAAGACAGAAAACAGAAGACUGAGAGCUGAAAAUGACCAAUUGAAAAAAGAAAAUGCAAGACUUCAAAGGCAGAAAAGACAUCAGGAUGUAUUUGAAUAUGUAGAAGAUCUAGAAGAUAUAGAACCAACUGAACCAACAGUCAGAAAGACCUAUCAAAGGAAAGUAACUGCUGAAGUUCAUGUCAAUUUGGAGGAAGCUCACAAGAAAAGAAGAAUUCAAAAAGAGAAAGAAGAUAGGUAUAUAGAACUGAUUGACGAAAUCAUCAGAGAGAAUGAAGCAGAGACAAUAGAAGUAAUAGAAGCAAAUGAGGAAGACAAUGAAGUUGUGGCACAAGUUGUGGAAAAUGUUAAGGAAGUUACAAAUGAGGUUACAUUCAGCAAAGGGGAAAAGAUAAUCGCAUUUUGGGAAGACAAAAACAUCUCAGGAUGGUACCCUGCAGUGGUAUUAAGGGUCAACAAAAACAGUUAUUAUGUCAAAUUUUUUGAUGGUGUAAAGAUUAGUCUCAAACCAGAGGAAAUUAAAAAGACAGCCAACUAGAAGACGAAAUUGUGACAUAGACUACUGAUAUAGUGAUUCAUUAACAUUUGUUAUGUUUUGUACAUAUUGAUUGUUUACUGUAAAUAUAAGUCCUUUAUAAAUUUAAGUAUAAUAUAAGUCCUUUAUAAAUUUAAAGUAUAUAUCUACAUAAAACUAAAUUAUUUUUUUUAUUUUAU